CCUCCACUGACUACCGCUCUGAACAAGGGGUCUGUGCAUAUAUAACUCACUAUCGCAGUCAAAAUGACCAGAUAGUCUUUCACUUUACUGUUAUUUUAGCGCGCGCGACCACACUGCGGCCGGUUUCGGCCGAUUUCCUAAGGUCAUCUACGUCCUCCUGCGACGUACACAAGCCGAUGGAGAACCUCGACCUUAGUGUCGCCCCGGCCGAUCUGGUACUGAACUGGUCAGAAGUGCUUGAGCUGGAAUCAUCACUACCGCUUAACCUCUUUGAAUGUCCAGUCAACGAUGUCAACCAGAACACGCUCCAUUCAGGCUGCACCACAGAGCCUUGUGACUCAUGUAGACAGAUGUUGCUAGACUGUUCUGUGAUAGAGCCGGACCUGCUGUCAAACGGCAGCAGUUAUACAGAUUGCAUCAUCCCAGAACCGGAGAGCAGUCAUAUCUAUUCCCAUUCUCAAGAGUGGAGCAAUGCUCCCAAAGAAGCUCCAAGUACUUCUGAGCCUCGGGCGGGCGAGGGAGCUGCUAUCAUGAGUGAUCACGGCCACAGACCGCGCAGGCGCAGCGACUACAACAAAUUCCCGCGGGAGACAAUCCGUCUACUGAAGGAAUGGCUGAGCCAACACCAGGACCACCCUUAUCCUUCCAAGGAAGAAAGAAGAGAGUUACUGCUGCAGACAGGACUAACGCCGACGCAGCUACGUAAUUGGCUCGCUAACACCAGGCGCCGUGAGAAGGAGAAGGCCCAUUCGGCUCCUGCACCCAUCCCAGCAGGCACAUCGUCAAUGACCCCCCUUGAACGCUGGCAAAACUCGCCUCCAGAGGACGAGUCGGCCGCGUUCAGUGACAUUGCUCGGGCUCUUUCAAAUCGCCCUUCCACGCCUCACCCUCAACUAUCCUUCACCUCGCCUGAUCCCAGUUCGGCAUCUUCAGUCGAUUGGGCUAGCCAUACCUCUCACGUCGAGCAUUUCGGCGUAUUCCCGGCGUCGUCGGAAAGCAGCCUGGACACCAGUGCAUCGUCCACCUCGAGCCUGUCGAACACGUCUGCGCAUUCUUAUCAUUCCGUCUCGCGCUCUGGAUUUCAAGGUCACAACCCCCGUCGUCGCCGACAUCAUCGACGAAGUAAACUUCACAUUCCUGCCAAUACUAUCGCCUCGCGUCGGGCGCGAGGCUCUCGGCGGUUCCAGUGUACAUUCUGCACGGAUACGUUCUCGACCAAGUACGACUGGCAACGGCACGAGAAAUCAAUGCACAUUCCUCUCGAUGAGUGGAGGUGUGCGCCAUCUGGGGGCAUUGUCCUCUUGGAUGGCGGUCGUGUCUGCGCCUUCUGCUUACACCCUAAUCCCGACCCGGAGCAUUUCGACAUUCACAACUACCUCGUUUGUCAGGAGAAGAGCCCGCUCGAAAGGACAUUCUACCGCAAGGAUCAUCUCCACCAGCACCUGCGCAGCGUCCACGGCGUCAAGUUUGCCGCUGCAUCCAUGAGCGGGUGGAAGAGCAGCGUCACCGAGAUCCAAUCGCGCUGCGGGUUCUGCGACGCUCGAUUCCACAGCUGGACAGCCCGCGCGGAUCAUCUGGCGGCGCACUACAAGCAAGGGGUCGAGAUGCGUGAAUGGCACGGCGAUUGGGGCUUCGCACCGGAAGUGCUACGUCUCGUCGAAAACGCCAUGCCGCCGUACCUGAUCGGCCAGGAGCAGCUGGCGCCGAAUCCCUUCAGCGCCUCGGCCAUCACGGUGCUCAAGCCAAGCGGGGAGACCGACCAACCGACGCAGCUUCCGGAGCAGGAGAACCUCAACUUCUGGCCCGUGAUACAACGAGCGCUCACGGAGUAUAUCAAGCGUCAACUCGAGACCGGGGUGGUGCCCACGGAUAAGAUGUUGCAGGACCAUGCGCGCAUGAUCGUGUAUGGCUGCGACGAUGGGUGGAAUCAGACGUGCGCCGACAAUCCGGUGUGGCUGAGUCAUUUGAAGCGGGAUGCGGGACUGGAUGCUUUCCAGUCGCUGGGCGACGAUACGCAGGUACCGUUGGCUGCUACUGGAAGUGGGCAAUGGGCGUUGUUCGAGUUCGAGCCGCCGCAGCCAGCGUACCAAAAUGCGUACCAGUAAUGGGUUCCUGGGCAUUAUUCAAACGUGCUAAGAUACCCUCAUUACCCGGAUUUGUAUGAGCCUAGGAAUGUGGACUAUUUGUCUCUGAAGCUACAUCCGAGAGUCUAUCUUAUAAACUUUUCAACAUUCGGCAUAGAUGCUCGAAAGAGUGCUGGAUGUAGGGCGUGCGGGUAUAGAGGUGACCCACCCACCCCACUUGGACCCAGUAGUAUACUCAACAGUCAAAGACGAUGUUAUCUUCGAUGUU